AUGUGUUACAGUAGGCAAGCCAUUCCUCCACCUGUUCCUAAUAGACCUGGCGGUACUACCAAUAGAGGACCUCCUCCCUUACCACCUCGCGCAAAUGUUCAGCCACCAGUUUGUUCUUCUGAGAACUCCAGUAAACCUCGAGAAAAUAGGGUGGCAGGUGAAUCACUGCGCACACCAAGCAGUUCUAACCCUUUAGCUGACAGCCAGGUGAAUAGUGACAAUAUUUUUCAAUCACCUGUCCUUUCUAACUUAAAAGCUCCUCCUUCCGUCUUCAACAAAGUUCAACACCCGGUACCAAAGCCGAAUAUUGAUGAUCAAUCUGUUGAUCCAUUGGAGACAAACAAGUUCUACACAAACAUGUUAUUAGACGAUAAUACACAACCUAUAUGGACACAUCCUUAUUCAAUUUGGUUUUCUCGUGAUCCAGAAUUGUUUGGUUUGGCCGCCAAUCAUACUUUAGCGUCUCAAAGGGUUUUUGAUACAACUACAAAUCCUCCCAGAUUCUACUUCAAUCCCACAAAUAUAAAAUCAUUUGUAUUCAAGGCCAGGGAAUUUGUCUCUUCAAAUGAUAUCAAGCUUGAAUUCCGGGAUAUGAAACAUAUGUCCAUGUGCUUACUAAUGUCUUUGAGUAGUUCCCAGUUUAUAGAAUUCCCGCUGGUUCAGGGGAUGGGCUUUGUCACGGCUAUUUACCACGAUUUGGGUUUUGAAUUAAGAAGCGCCGUUGGUUUCAGGAGCUUAGAGCGCAUAAGCGUGAAUGAAAGAUAUGGUAAAUAUAAUAUACAACUUGAGAAUAAUAGGAAUUGGAUACUUUAUUUGACCUCACCUGAUUACUCUUUUCCACAAGAUUUUCAAAUUUCAUUACUCGACAGCAAUACAAUAAUAUCAUCUCAUAAAAUCAAUGGUCUUAUCUGUCAAUUAUCUGCAGACUCCGUCCCCAGUAUUGACAUGGCAGCGGGCUGUUAUCCAGUAUACUGUGACCUAUCAGGGCAAACUGUUGAUGAACAUUUCACAAAUUACAGAUUUAACUAUACGGUUGCAGGCUACUCGCAGUCUGGAACUACUCUAAUGUAUGCUUUACCACAUCAUAAAGCGGCAUUCACACCAGAAAUGCAGGAACGUGAAAUUGCCUCAAGCCUGGAUUCCACAGUUAAAGGCUUAAUGACUGGUUAUCUCACAAACAGUUUUGAUAUGCAGGUUCAAGUACCUCAAGAAUUGGGCUUUGAACCUGUCGCGUUAUCUUUGAAUAAGAAGGCAGAUUACAGUCAAGAAAAGCUAUCUAAAAUUCGGGAAGCUGCUGUUCAAGAAGUUCAAUUGAGUGACCCUCAACAAGAAUCAAACAUAGAUUCUAUGUAUUUCUCUGGUAAGAUACUUGCAAAGUAUGCGUGGAUUCUUUAUGUGACACAUUACAUCCUUCAUGAUGAAAAUUUAACAAAAGAAUUAUUAUCUAAACUGACUAUUGCAAUGGAGAGAUUCAUCAGCAAUCAGCAAGUCUUACCUUUAAAUUACGACGUUAGUUGGAAAGGCAUAAUUUCAUCAGGCUCUUCUAGCCAAGACUUUGGUAACUCUUAUUAUAAUGAUCAUCAUUUUCAUUACUCUUAUCAUGUCAUAACGGCUGCCAUUAUCUCUUUAGUCGAUUCUGAUUUAAGUGGAGUUACUAACAACUCCUGGUUAGAAAAUAAUAGAGAUUGGGUUGAGUGCUUAAUUAGAGAUUACUCUGGUGUUGACAACGAUGAUCCGUACUUCCCUCAAUUUAGGUCAUUUGAUUGGUUUAAUGGCCAUUCAUGGGCCAAAGGACUAUUUCCAAGUGGUGACGGUAAAGAUGAAGAAUCUACUUCAGAAGAUGUCAAUUCUUGCUAUGCGAUAAAAUUGUGGGGGUUGGUAACUGGAAAUUCUAAGUUAACUGACAUAGCGAACUUACAACUCGGCAUCAUGAGAAAUGUUUUCCAGAGCUACUUCCUAUACGAAAGCAAUAAUACUGUCCAACCGAAAGAAUUUAUUGGUAAUAAAGUUAGUGGUAUUUUAUUCGAAAAUAAAAUUGAUCACGCCACGUAUUUUGGCAUGGAGCCUCAAUACAUUCAUAUGAUUCACGCCAUUCCUAUAACAUCAGCAUCUUCAUGGGUCAGAACACCAAAUUUUGUCAAAGAGGAGUGGGAAGAAAAAAUGCAGCCGAUAAUUGAUCAAGUGAAUGACGGUUGGAAAGGAAUAAUCAUGUUAAAUAUGGCUCUGCUUGAUCCAAAAUUUUCGUACGACUUUUUCAGCCAACCUGAUUUCAACAGAAAUUUCCUAGACAAUGGGCAAAGCUUAACUUGGUCUUUAGCUUAUUCAGGUGCUUUUUCUUAG